AUGGUGGAUGCGCAGAAGCAAGACUGGUUGUCGCCGCAGUCAUCCGGCGACACCACUGCUUUCCUGAAACGGACCCACGAACGGCUACGCGAGGAGCUGUCCGAGUACGAGUUCGAUGAGGACUUUACGCCAUUCCACUCCAGCUACGACAAUUGGCAUUUCUUUGGAAAGCGGAGACCGAAGCAUGAGAGGGAGGCGAGGAAGAAGAGCUCGAGUGCUGUCUCCCGGCGACAGAGUACGCGCACGCGUUCCGAUUACGAUGGCAGCGUGGACGAGGAGAAGGAGAAAGAUGUCUGGGUAGUCGGCCGGGUGUCUUUGCACUCCUUGCGCCUCGAACGGGAAUACAAGAUGUGCCAGAAGCUAUAUGACGAGGAUGCACCGGAUUACAGACACUUUGUUCGUCCGCUCCAGGUUGUCAACCUCCCGGCGAGACACAACGGCGAGGACACGUUAUGCGCGAUGGUUGUGGAAUCGCCUGGUCGGAACUACAUGCGCCACCUAAUGGAGUUCGGACCCAACUUCUACCAAGGCACGCCUGAUUCGCCAUGGAGCUCGCGCGAUGACCCGGUGAAGCUUCUGACAUUCCUGGACUUUGCCAUCGGUGCUGCGGAGUGUUGUGAAAUACUCCAUCAUGGCAACCGGGCAGUUCAUGGAGAGCUCCGUGGCGACGCCUUCCAUUUCAACCAGGAUACUGGCUCGGUCAAAAUGAUAAAUUUUGGUGGCGGUGUGAGAAGCUUCGAGCAUGGCUUAACCUCUGCCGGCUGGUCUAGUCUCAUGGCGGAGCUUGGGGUCGAACAUAAGCUACAAUUUGUUGCGCCUGAGCAGACUGGACGACUACCCGCAGAGCCAGAUUCACGGACUGACCUCUACUCGCUUGGUAUAUUGUUCUAUGUGAUGUUGACUGGCCGACCAGCGUUCGAUGGCAAGACACCACUGGAUAUCAUGCAGAAUGUGCUUUCGCGUCGCAUACCUCUGGUCACGAGCAUGCGCGAGGACAUUCCUGACGCCGUCUCUGCUAUCAUACAGAAGAUGACACAUAAGAAUAUGGACGACAGGUACAACUCAUCAACUGGUGUGAAGCACGAUCUAGAGGAGCUGAAGAAGAUCUUGACCGAUGGUGAUGAGCAGGCACUCUGCCAGUUCAAGAUGGCGAAGUCUGACGUCUCAAGCUUCUGGACUUUGCCAUCGGCACUGAUUGGCCGCGAGGAGCAGCGUAACAUCAUCCUGACGGUGAUGGAGCAAGCUGCGCAUCACAUUGCUCGUGCGGCGCCUAUCACCCGAAAGGGGUUAUACAGCUUGAGUUCCGGGUCGUCGUUGAUGUCUGGUGACCGUCCCGAGAUAUCGAUGCUUGACGAGAUACUCAGCGAUAGCACAUCCUCCGGCGGUGGCGAUCGCGAACGUGACUCGCGUCUUAGUUCUGUCGCAGAGAUAGUUCCGUUAGAGCUGCACAGAUUGAGGACUGUUCAGGGUUUGGAUCCCACCGUGACGUCUAGCCGCGACGGGAAUGAGCUGCCGACACUAGACCGAACAUCUUCCAAUGAUGGACGCACGUCGGGCUUGGAAGGCACGGAUGGUAGUUUGCGGCCAUCUGGAUCGAACUACAAUCUCAAUGCCGACUCGAGCUCUCUGCUUCGAGUAGCACAAAAGCUGAAACGCAAGGGGAAGACGGAAGUCAUUUCCAUCGGCGGUCUCGCAGGCCAUGGUAAGUCAACUCUUGUCCAAGCCAUUGCGCCAACCGCAAGGCGUUAUGGCUACUUCACCUCCGCCAAGUUUGACCAAGUCCGUCAAUCACCAUUCGACCCUAUUAUCAGGGUGAUGUCGUCUCUUUUCCGGCAGAUCUUCUCUGAGCAUGAUGUCAAUACGCCUUUCCACGAAAAUAUUCGCACAUUUGUCAAGCCUUUCUGGGGUCAAUUACACUCAUCGUUGGAAUUGCCGGACUGGUUGCUCACUGCAGGUAACAAUCCUAUGGUGAGCAAGACUGCCCCGUCAACAAUAUCUUCGGCGAACGGCUCGACGAACAUACCAGGGGUAAGGAGGAUAUGCAACAUAGCAGCUACUCAAGAGUGGCUGAAAGCCGGUGGCUCGAACAAGACCUCGCGAUUCAUGCAUAUCUUCCUCGAUGUUUUGAGGCUCCUGGCCGUGCAGAAAUUCAUCAGCUUCUGUCUGGAUGACCUGCAGUUCGCUGAUCCAGAGAGUCUGGACCUGUUGCAAAUGAUUGUGUCAGCCAGGAUACCGGUAGUUCUGGUCUUGACACAUCGUGGUGAAGAACACCUCACACCCACCAUCCGUAAAUUGAUCACCUCGGCGCACAAAGUCGAACUCGGGACGUUCACUGACGAUGAGACGGCGCAAUAUGUCACGGAGACACUCCAUCGUAGUAAGGAGUAUUGCAUGCCGCUUGUCGCUGUCAUGCAGGAGAAGACAGGGGGCAACCCUUUCUUUCUACGCGAACUGCUGGACUCUGGAUACCGUAAAGGCUGCAUAUACUUCUGCUGGAAGUGCUCACAGUGGGAGUAUGGUGUGGACAAGCUGUUCGAGGAGUUCAGCAAUCCUGAUUCUGGACGUUUCUCUUCCAACGAUUUCAUCUCAAGAAGGCUACAAGAACUUUCUGUCGAUGCGCAGACCUUGAUAUGCUGGGCUUCUAUCAUUGGAAACAGCUUUACCUUCACCAUGAUGAAGUAUAUCAUGGCGUGCGACUGUAGCAAAGCUUCGCCAGCCGAACUGCUUCCCCCAGCUGCCAAGGAUGCUGUUGGUGGUCUGCAAGCGUGCAUCAAUUCUUUUAUUAUAAUGGGAACCGAUGAAGAAGACCGCUUCAAGUUCUCACAUGAUCGAUACCUUGCAGCGGCGGACACGCUAUGCGAGCCAUACCAGCGGUCUGAAAUGCAUUACGUUAUUGCUUGUGCAAUGAUGAAGCAUACAACAUUUGAUCCCGUGACUAUGCCAACCAAAGCUCUCUUUCAGCAAGCGCGACAUAUCUGCGAAGGCUUCGACGCUGUGAAGCUACGAGCCAAGCACAACGCACCUUUCCGAGAUCUAUUGUAUCAAGCCGCAGAGACUGCUCGCGAAUCAGGGGCUCGCAAAAGCGGGUUGUGGUAUUUCAAGCAUUGCCUUGACCUGCUACACAAAGACCCCUGGAUUGAUGAUCAUGAUGACUCAAGUUAUGGGGAGACCUUGACCCUCAUGACCAAGGCUGCGGAGGCGUACUGGUAUUGUGGCCAGAUGAAUGAUGCUGGCGUUCUGUUGAAGCAAGUAAUGAGAAAUGCCCGUGAGCCGGCUGACAAGGCGCCCGCUACCAUCAUAGCUAGUAGGAUGUAUAACGUUGCCGGCGACAACAAGACUGCUUUCGACAUCCUCGAGGCUGCUCUGCUGGACCUGGGUAUAUCUUUGUCAAGUCCUACAAUGGAGGAGUGCGAUGCCGAGUUCGAGCAAUUACUUCCGGCCGUGCAAGCCAAGUGUAGCAACUUGGGUGACUUCCAGGAGAACAGUGGGGAUCGGGAGCUCUUUACUCUCGGAGCUCUCCUCGUCGAGCUGCUGUCUGCUGCCUUCUGGGAGAACAAUCUGCUUUUCUACCGCGUGACCCUACAGAUCGUCAAGCUCUACCUCGAGCGCGGCAUGUUCCCACAUGUCGGCCUGGGCCUGGUGCACAUGGGCAACAUCGCGAUCUCGCGAUUCAAUCUCUUGACUUGGGGUAUCGAGCUGGGCAAUGCUGCGCUGAAGGUCUUUGAUGCAUAUCCGGACGAAGCUUAUACUGUUGGUCGAGGCUUGACAAUACACGCCUUCUGUCUUGGGCACUUGCAGUAUAGUAUGGGGGACAAUUUCGGCGCACUUAACAGGGCACUCGAGGCUGCUUCCGCCGCGGGCGACAAGGUGUUGCAUUUGCUCAAUGUUGGCAUAGUGGCUGCGUAUCGAGUCUGGGCUUCGGAGCACCUGGCGGAAGUGGAGAGCUUCGUGGCGUCCGUCACGGAAGAAUAUCCGGAUUGGAAACAAAGCAUGCGUGGAGGUGUCUUCUUGUCGGGUGUGCGACAGUAUUGCCGUGCGCUGGCCGGCAAAACAUAUGCAAGAACCUCGACAAACGUGUUUAGCGACGAACACCAUUCUGACGCAGACUUCAUCAAGCACAUCAAGACGAUGUGCUCGAACCCGAAUAUACCUUUGGUCAUCUACUACAACUACAAAAUGGUAACGCUGUACCGCUUCGGCUACUAUGAAAAAGCACACGAGCUUGGGAAAUGGAUCAUGGAACAAGUCGAUAAUCUGUGGUGUACACGAUAUCUGUACACUAGCAAUUUCUACGUCGCCAUGACUAACCUUGCGCUCAUACGCGAGGACCCGGACCGCUCUGAUUGCGACCAACUGAUGAAGCAGGUCUACGCUUCACAAGCCAAGAUUGCGAACAUAUCCACAAUCAACCCGCUCAAUUUUGAGAUUUUCAACGCACUUCUGGAGGCGGAGAUCGCGGAUGCUACACAGAAAUAUCAGAACUGUCUCGCUAAUUACGAACGUGCGAUCAAUCAUGCUGUUCUCAACGGCGUGGGCCUGGAUGAGGGUCUGAGCCUGGAAUUAUAUGCGUCUUGGCUCGACCGAAAGGGCGCUUCCAGGCCAGCGAGAGCUAUCAUGUUGGACUCCAUCUCAGCGUACCGCCGCGUGGGGGCCACGGGAAAGGCCGAUCAGAUGUCGGAACGGUACGAGUUCCUGCUGUACGGCACGAGAAGUUUGAAUACGCAAGAUGCUGGGACACAGACUAUGGUCUUUGAGGGUGUGAACACUUCUUUCAAGCUGGAUAAAAUCGCUGAUCAUACCGCGCCGCAUGAUGCUGCAGACAGGACACAGCAGUGGGUCGACCCGCCUUCCGCUCCGACGGGUGCGCAGAUGAUGAAGGAGUCGCCGGCUGCGUUGUCUGGUGGUCUGUCGGCUGUGGGUUUGGAUAUGAUCGACCUGGCCAGCAUUCUGGAGUCGUCCCAAUUACUAUCCUCCGAGCUUAAUGUUGACAAAUUACUCUCGAAACUUUCCGCCAUCAUCGUUGACUCGACUGGCGCUGAUCUGUGCGGCCUUGUUGUCGAAGCCGAAGACGGUGGAUUCUGUGUGGCGGCUAUCGGGACGCCUGAAGGGACUGAAGCACCCCCGAAUGGAAUACCGCUUGAUCAAGUGGACGACCCUGUCGCUCGACAGAUCACGAUGUAUACUCUUCGUUUCAAAGAGCAGCUCUUUCUACGGAACGUGAUUGAAGACGAGCGCUUUUCGAAUGUGCCGCCAUCGUGGCUGGAAAAGAACCCGGAGGGCGCGUCAAUGAUUGCAUUACCGAUCAUACAUGGCGAUAAUGUGCUUUUGGGUAGUCUAUACUGCCAGGCCGCGCCAAACACUUUCACCGAGCGGACCGUCACUCUACUCAAGCUUCUGGUCAACCAGAUCGCUAUCUCGAUUGCCAAUGCGCUGCUCUUCAAGCAGGUCGAGAAGGUCUCUGCCCGCAAUUCAUCGAUGCUCGACGUGCAGAAGCAGGCGCUAGCGCAAGCACGAGAGUCCGAGAAGAAAGCCAAAGCAGCCGAAGCGAAGGCCAUGGAGAUGGUCCGACUAAAGGACGAAGCGGCGAAGGCAAAGUCUAUGUUCCUUGCGAACGUAUCACAUGAGCUGCGAACGCCUCUCAACGGUGUCAUUGGUAUGUCUGAAAUGCUCAAGGCUACACCACUCAACAAAGAGCAAGAAGAGCAUGCAGAUUCGAUCCGGAUUUGUGCGGAUACACUCCUGAGCGUCAUCAAUGACAUCCUGGACUUUUCCAAGCUUGAGGCUGGCAAGAUGCAAGUCUUUAGUGUACCGUUGUCGUUGACAGAAACUAUCAGCGAGGUCGUCCGUGCACUUUCGUACACUAAUCUGGAGCGCAACCUACGCACCAUCGAGGAGCUGGAGCUCGAUCCACAUUUGAUCGUUAUGGGUGACCCAGUGCGCCUACAUCAGAUCCUCAUGAACCUCAUGUCGAAUGCGUACAAGUUCACAGCCAAGGGACAUGUCACGGUUCGCGCGAAGGUGGACAACCAAGAUGCCGAUUUCAUACAAGUCACAGUCUCUGUUACGGACACAGGCAUCGGCGUCUCGGACGAACAGCAGAAGAAGCUCUUCCUACCCUUCUCGCAAGCAGACAGCAGUACUGCCCGGAGCUACGGCGGCACAGGCCUCGGUCUGUCAAUCUGCAAAGCCAUCAUCGAGAACGUAAUGAAAGGACAUAUCUGGCUUGAAAGCAAACCCGGCGUCGGCACGACGGUAUCCUUCACCUUGCCCUUCAAGAAAGUCAAAGCAUCGUCGACAAACGGCGACCUCAUCAACGGCAGCACCUCAGCCCACGGCCGCGAAGCGAAUCCCAUGGCCAUCUUCACCCCACCAGCUGUAGAAGAGGAAGAAGGCACCAGCUCCCGCCACAUCAGCCUAGCGGGUAUUCCUCGCGAUGAGUUGAAAGUCUGCAUAGCAGAAGACAACCCCAUCAACCAAAAAAUCGCCAUAAACUUCGUAAAGCGACUCGGCUUCAAUUGCGAGGCCUUCGGCGAUGGCCAACAAGCUGUCGACGCCCUAGGUCGGGCAGCAAAAGACCAGAAACCCUUCCAUCUCGUGCUCAUGGACGUGCAGAUGCCUGUGCUGGACGGCUACAACGCUACACGGGAGAUACGGAAACAUGAGGAUCCAGAGGUAAGGGAUGUUCUCGUCAUCGCCAUGACUGCGUCGGCGAUUAGAGGUGACCGGGAGAAAUGCCUGGAGGCGGGCAUGAAUAACUAUCUUGCCAAGCCUGUGAGAGCGGAGAUGUUGAAGCAGAUGCUGGAGAGUUAUCUCAAUCAGCCUGCGCGGACGAUGCCGAAUCUGCAGCAGGAGGCCAAUAAAUUGGUUGAGGGGGUUGUUAAUGGUCUGGAGAAGAGUGGUACGAUCGUGUCUAACGGAGACCAGCAGAAGGCCGUGGCUGAGCAGCCAGAGCGCGAUGGCGGGAGAGAGGGUUUGAAGGCUGCGGUGGGGAAGCCGGAGAGGCCGAGAAGUCGGCAGAGGGAGACGGAGAUCCAUCUUAAGCCUGAGGAGAUGGUGGCGCGGGAGAAGAAGGAGAAUUUGCCUAGGAGGCCUGCUUGA